CUGGUUGAAGAAACAAUAUCUACCAGAGCAAGGAGUGUGUGUUUAUAUGAGGCUUUGAGUUGGACAUUGUCAGACUUAUAAUGGUUUUUUAAAUGGAGGGAUUAAAAUGCAAAAAUACCCCAGCAUUCUAUACAGGAGGAAUACGUCUUGGAAAUUUCAAACUUAAGGGUUAUUUAUAGGAGGAGAGAAUCGAUAUACAAAUAACAAUACCAUCAUUAUGAAUCGUUCUUAACCAUGGCUAGAUACUAUACCUUACCAGACCAGGGGUGGUCCUGGGCCGUUCUUUUAGCCUCUUUUGGAUCUCAUUGCAUCCAUGGUUUCUUUUUGACCGCUGUUGGGCUGCUUCAGCUCUCAUUACUGGACCACUAUAAGGAAGGCGUAUUGAAAACUUCAUGGGCGCUUUCGAUUUUCCUGGGAUUGUUUUCUAUAUCAGGACCACUUGCAAGUUUGAUAGCCAACAGAUGGAGUUGUAGAGUUUCCUUUUUUACUGGUGGAUUGGCUGUGUCCAUAAGCCAUGUCAUGACUGCCUUUAUGCCAAAUAUUAUUACGGUUUUAUUUUCACUGGGAAUAUUGGGAGGUACUGCUAUUGGAAUAUGUUAUGCAUCAUCUGUAGUUGUUGUUGGGUACAACUUUGAGAAGAAGAGGAACUUUGCAAGUGGAGUAGCAGUUUCUGGAGUUGGGAUUGGGGCAUUUGCCCUUGCACCACUGAUGCAAGCUGUUAGCGAUCACUAUGGCUAUCACGGAUUAUGGCUGAUGUGUGCAGGGCUGACUUUGCAAUAUUGCGUGUUCGGUGCUAUGCUUUUUCCGUCAAAAUUAGAAAUAAGUCGAAAGAAUAAGGAAUCUGAAGACGCAAUCUUGUCGAAAUGUGACAGCAAUAAAAUGUCACAUAAGUUUAGUAGAUUGAAAAACGGAUGCAACGUUUUGUCGCAAAAAGCUCUCUUAAAUGUUUAUCUGUCCAUGUUUCUUUGUAAUUUAGGAAUUUCUCUCAUUUACGUCCAUUUUGGAAGUUAUGUGACGUCUGUUGGAUACAGGAAGUUGGACGCUGCUUUCCUUUUUUCGAUAUGUGGUAUCUGCAACUGCCUUUCUCGCAUUUUAAUCGGUUCAGCCGCAAAUGCUAGCAAUAUGGAUGAAUUUGUAUUAUUUGCAGGAGCUUUCAGUCUAAUGGGAUUAUCAACAGUAGUGUUUCCACUAUAUGGAGAAAAUUACGGUGGUCAGGUGUUUUAUGUUGUGACACUGGGAAUAUACUCAGGUUCCUGUUAUCCCCUGUUGAACUCUAUAUGUGUGAUUUUAGGUGGCAUCGACAACUUGGCCACUGUUUUUGGAUUUAUCUUGCUCUUCACGGGUCUUGGUUGUUUCAUGGGACCUUUACUUGGAGGUUUCAUUGUCAACUUCGGUGGGACAUAUAGUCAGUCCAUCACAGUUUCAGGUGCAAUAAUUCUGAUUGGCUCCACCUUUGCAUGGUGCUCAGGAGCCAAUGAUCGAGAUACAAAUAAAAUAAAGGAAAUCAGAGAGACAAUCGUUAUUCAGGAAGGUGAUGCGGUAGAAGAACAUAUGAACGAGACUGAUCUCAGAGGAAGCGAACACUGUGACAGUGAUCUUGAUUCUCUUAAUGAAAAGCUGGAGACCAAUAUAGAAAGUAGUUCUUUAUUAAUAAGUGAUAUGGAAAAUGGCGAAAUACAAUAAAAUACCUGAUUUUGUA